AUGUUGGAAUCACGACUCGCCCAAGCUGAUCUUCUGAAGAAGGUCGUCGACGCAAUCAAGGAUCUGGUCCAAGAUUGCAACUUCGACUGCAAUGACAGUGGUAUUCAGCUGCAGGCCAUGGACAACUCUCAUGUUGCCUUGGUUUCCAUGUUGCUUACUGCUGGAUCCUUCGAGAUGUUCCGCUGCGACCGUAAUAUCUCCCUCGGUGUCAACCUCACAUCCCUGACCAAGGUCCUACGCGCUGCUCAGAGUAACGACGUGCUCACGCUCAAGGCUGAGGAUGCCCCUGACGUGUUGAACAUGCAAUUCGAAAGCCCUGAAAACGACCGCAUCAGCGAGUAUGACCUCAAGCUCAUGGACAUUGACCAGGAGCAUCUGGGCAUCCCCGACACCGAGUAUGCUGCCACAAUUGCAAUGCCUUCUGGCGAGUUUCGUCGCAUCUGUACCGACUUGAUGGCUAUGUCAGAAUCAGUGAUGAUUGAGGCUUCCAAGGACGGUGUCAAGUUCGCAUGCAAUGGCGAUAUUGGUAACGGCUCAGUGACUCUUCGAAGCCAUGAGGAUGUCGAGAAACCCAAACAAAGUGUCACAAUUGAGUUGACCGAGCCUGUCGCCCUUACCUUCUCCCUCAAGUACCUGGUCAACUUCUGCAAGGCUGCUGGCCUUUCCGAUCAGGUCCAGAUCAAGCUCUCUAAUGAAGUGCCCCUCUUGGUGGAGUACAAUCUGGAAGGUCAAAGCCAUCUGCGUUUCUAUCUUGCGCCCAAGAUUGGCGAUGAGGAGUAG